UCUAACCCCUCUCCUCCCCCGCUUCCCCACCCGACCAUGUCUCCCAACGAGGACGACGCGGGCGGCUCCUCGACGCCGCCGCCGCCACCGCCGCCGGCGGCGGCGGCUGCGGCCCCCGUCCCGGCUGCGGCCCCGAAGCCGUCUACUUACGUGCCCAUGGGCGCGCUGCGGGGCGGCGAGUGCGCCGACCUCCUGGCGCUGGUCGCCGCCGUCACGCGCCCGCUCGAGGACGCCGUCGCGGACUUCCGCGCCCGCGUCGCCCCCGAGCGCCGACUCCGGUUCGGCUCCGCUGUGAGCUUCGUCCUCGAGGACAAAAUGAUGCUUCAACCUGCUGAGCGUUUAGUUGCAUUUGCAAUUCUACAUCAAGGUUAUUCCUCACAGUUGGCAAAUCCGUUUGUUCCUCUUUUAAUAAAUGCUGCAUGUGAUGAAUCCUCUGAGAAAGCAGAACGAGUUUUUCUCCAACUUUUGUUAAGUUCGACUAAUGAGGACAGUAAUGAGGUUCUGAAGCAGUCUGCUGUAGAUUACUUGAAUGAAUCUGAUCAUGCAUCUCAGGUUUUAUUGCCGAGAGAGCAGCUUGAGAAGCAAUGCUCCCGUGAUGCGGCAUCAUCCCUGCAGAGUAGUUCCAGAGAUGCCACUGUUAGAAAUGCUAUUCCUGAUCCAGAUGUUUUUCAAAGCUGUGGGAGUUCAGCAGAGAUGUCACCAAUCAAACCAAAUAGAGAUAACAUGAUUGCUAGUUUACUUCAACAAACAUCACUCAAAGGGUUGCCUCCUCAAUGGAUACGACCCCCUCCACCAAGACUUGAAAUUCUUGAAGGGGAGUUACAGUGGCUGAACCUAGACAACAACCAUGAGCUACUAUGGGAUGGUAGCAUGUGUGCAGACACUAGCCGAGGGGCUGUGAUCCGAGAGUUGGUUGAAAAAGCUUGCAAAGGUCCACUUGCACCUGCCCAACAAGAGAAAAUUGUUUUAGAUUUGGGAGAGGACUGGAAGCUAGUCUAUCAUUGUGGCAUGACACCACAGAAACUCCCUGACCUUGUUGAACAUAAUCCAUGUAUAGCUGUCGAAGUUCUUUCAAAGCUAAUCAACUCUCCGGACAUGGAUGCAUACUUUGAUGUUCUUGUCCAUAUGGAAAUGAGUUUGCAUUCAAUGGAAGUAGUAAACAGGCUCACUACUGCAGUUGUUUUACCACCAGGAUUCAUUCAUGACUACAUCUCAAACUGUAUUCGAUCAUGUGAAGACAUUAAGGACAAGUAUAUGCAAAACAGGCUAGUGAGAUUAGUAUGUGUUUUUCUACAGAGCCUCAUUCGAAACAAGAUAAUAAAUGUGCAAGAUCUCUUUGUCGAGGUGCAAGCAUUUUGCAUCGCCUUCUCAAGGAUAAGAGAGGCGGCGGGGCUGUUCAGGCUCCUCAAAUCUCUAGAAUGAAGAGCACUGUAUGAUCGCUGGGGGAUUCGGUUCUCUAAACAAAAUUUUCCAUUGUGUACAUCCGUAGCCAUGUUUUUGUCGCUAAACUGCUAAUAUCGCAUAGGUCUGGACUUAAUAGAGCGUAGCGUUCUCUUGAUGUAUCAGGUCGUCAUGCUGGGUUCCCAUCAAUCUCAAAGAUGGGGGAAAAUCGCAUAGGGUUUGACAUGUUGGGUUCGUAGGUAGAACAAGUUCCGUUGGCGGUGUCGCGAUGUCAUGUAAUGUAUUGUUCAUGCAGCGCGAAGUUGCGGGGGGCUUCCCGUUUUCGUGUAUCAGGCAACAAGGGGAAGCCCCAUAGUUGACUCGGAAUGGGGGAAUGGUCAGAUGGACUCAAGACAACCAGGUUAGGUUAGUUUGUUAUACAUGCUGCACCGUGCAUCUUCUAGUCUCAUUGAAAUUGUUUGAAUCCUGCUCCUGAAUUCGUACUACCUCUGUAUCUUCAAAA